AAAUCAGAUGAAUUAAUAGCGGAGAAAACUGAUUUAUUAUCUGGCCCUUCAAAUGGAAACAAUGAUGUGACGUGUAGUUUAUCCAAUGAAACAAAUGAUAACAUGGAUAUUGGUACUAUGGCCCAAGCAGAGUUCCAACAUGUUGCUGCUCAAGCUCGAGAUCUUGGCCGAAAAAUGUGGAAUGUGUGUCAUUUCCACAACUUACCUCAAUGGCUCCAGGAUAAUGAUUUCUUGCAUACAGGACACAGACCACCAUUGAAUUCAUUUCAGGCUUGUUUUCAAUCUAUUUUUCGAAUUCACACUGAAACUGGAAACAUAUGGACACAUUUGUUAGGAUGUAUUGCAUUUUUUGUUAUGACUCUAUACUUUGCGUCUAGACCCGAAGAAGAAUUAUCGUUUCAAGAUAAAUUAGUUUUCAUUAUAUAUUUUAUCGGAGCAAUUACUUGCAUGGGUUUUUCGUUUGUGUUUCAUACUGUUCAUUGUCAUUCAGAAACCGUUGGAAAAUUGUUCAGCAAAUUGGAUUAUUGUGGAAUUGCCAUACUGAUUAUGGGAUCAUUUGUGCCAUGGUUAUACUAUGGGUUUUAUUGUGAGCCAUAUUCGUGGAUGUUGUAUUUAGUACUGAUUGUUGCACUGGGAAUGGUGGCGAUGGUCGUAGCACUAUGGGACAAAUUCAGUGAUCCAGGCCUCAGGCCACUCAGAGCAGGUGUUUUUACUACAUUUGGAUUGAUUGGUGUUAUACCAGCACUUCAUUAUGGAGCUGUGGAAGGAUUCUUUUCUAACUUUACACUGAUUAGUCUAGGAUGGCUAUUACUUAUGGCAUUUUUGUAUAUCUCUGGUGCUUUGUUGUAUGCUUUAAGAGUACCAGAAAGAUUUUUCCCCGGAAAAUGUGAUUUAUUGUUCCAAAGCCAUCAGAUAUUCCAUGUACUCGUUAUACUUGCAGCAUUUGUUCAUUACCACGGUAUUACAAAAAUGGCAGAAUACAGGCUGAGCAAAGGCGAAUGUGAAGUGCGCCCGGCUGUUGUUUAGUACAAGACUUUGGUAGGUGAUGGACUUCUUUAAAAUUAUACAACUGUUAGUUGUCCAAUUUGAAGGAGAACCUAGUUUCCAUGCUGACACUGAUAUGGUUAAAAACAGCUAUGUUAUUUAAUUCAGAUAAAAAUGUAUAACUUAAAAACCAAAA